AUGGUGAUAAUGAACACUUCACAUAAAGUCCUAGAAGUAUGGGAGACAGAACUUUCAGUGCAAGGUCGCUCUACUCCACAAACCCCACUACUACCAGAGCCAUCCUCUAGCAUUACCAUCCGGAGACCAGUUUCGCCAACGGACGAGUUCUUGAUGAGGCAGAAAACUAGCCCACCGCCAGGCAUGGUGACCUUGAUGGGUAGUAUGGGCGCGCUACUCAAGGACCAUUUCGAGGACAAAUGUUUUCAUGAAGAACACUACGGUCCUUUCUACAACGAAUUCUACAAACGUUAUAUUAAGAAACAUCAACCGCUAAAGAUGAGAAUGGAAGAUCUGGUCGAAAUCACCAUGACGACCCGCCUGCCCAACGGAUCGAUCAGGAGCUACAGAAGUGGUGAGAUUCCGGUGAUGAUAUGCCGGUACUGUAGGCAAAUGGUGGGCCUAGACUUGCCUCGAUGUGGACAGGGCAAUUAG